AUGAAAAUGGACGCCGAGAGUGUCGUCAACACCGUGGUCAGCGUCACUCAUGUUCACCAUGCUACCAAGACUUCAUUUGCUCCGACCAACAGCAUUGAAAAGUCUUCAACCGAAGAUGCCCCCUCGUCUUCGGACUUGUCGGAAGGAACAUCAGCUUCGAGCGCAGAUGAGAUCGACCCUGUCCUUUCCUCUUCUUCGGAUGCUGACACGUCAGAGGCUGCCGAAUCCCCGUCUUCGUCUUUGUCUUCUGCUACUCCAUCUCCCACGGACUCUGGUAACAGUGAUCCCGACUGGAUCACUACUAUGGUCUGCCGCAUUAAUUAUAUUCGUACCCAACGUGGCCUCCAGCCGCUUGGUCUUUCGCCCGAGGCCAUCUCAGUCUCUCAGAAGCACUCGGACUACCAAUAUAGCACUCAGCAAAUGACCCACAAUGACCCGGAGGGUGGAAUCGGCGAUCGUCUGAGAAACGCUGGCAUUAGCUGGGACAAUGCUGCUGAGAACGUCGCCGCCGGCAUGGAGACCCCCGAGCAGGCACAGCAGACGCUUGAGAACAGCUCUGGCCAUCUGGCCAACAUGGUCAGCCCGAACAUGGCGUACUUUGGCGCCGGAAGAGCCGGAAACUACUACACACAAUCAUUCUACUCUCUGCCUGGUGAUGGCCGUCCUGCCAACGUUCCCGCGUGCAACUAG